GCCUCGCACGGAACUGCACACUACGCCCGGGCGAUCGCCACUAGAGAUGACUAAGGGCGUGCCUUGCCCGUUCUUGUGCGAUUGGUGACGUGCGUCUUCGCGGCUCAGAGCUCGCUGAUUCAACAGGGUCCCAUCAUUUAAUUUCCCUCGCAGCCCACAUCAAAACAAGGCCACGGCAAGGUUCAAUUAAUCGAUUUUGAGCACUGCCAGUCCCAGCGACCCAGCAUCCGCUGUUCAUUUUACCAAGACUAGUCUUGUUGCGCGGAACAAUUGUUGGACUAAUCGCCGCGCUCACGUCCGUCAGUCAGCGCAAGAUUCCGUAGCUUCCGCGGCUCAUCUCAAGCUCCACUGCGGCAUCCCGAAACCAUCGCUCCAACGCUGUCAAUCCAUCCCAGCCAACACCAAACAUGUCGCAAAACUAUCAGCAAUACGGCGGCAACCCGUAUGGCCAGGCCGAGGCUGGAUACGGCGCGCAAUCGAACCCAUAUGGCGGCACCGGCUACGGCUCAGCCAACCCCUAUGACGGAGGAUAUGACGGCCAGGCUCAGCAGCUCAGCCCGCCGGCGCCCCUCCAACGUCAUGGCGAUUCCAACUAUUCGCAGCCAUCGCAAUAUUCGCAACCCGGCGCAAACACACAACCACCCAACGUACCGCAUACCGACGUGCCGAUGAACAACACGCCUGCGUACGGCGAGCCGACUGGAAACUACGGCAUGGAGGCGCCAGGACCGCAGCCCCUCAGCCGCGAGGACUUCUUCGCGCGCAUCGAAGGCGCAAAGUCGCGCAUUGGCCAGCUCACAUCCGACAUCCAAGCCAUUGCAAGUGUCCACCAGCGCAUGCUAUCCUCGCCCGACAACCGGUCCACCGCCGAGCUCGAGAGCAUCGUAACCGCCACGCAGAUCAGGAAUACCCAAAUCAAGGACGAGAUCAAGUUCCUGGAGAGGGAUGCCGUGCGCGACCCCAACGACCGGACGAAGAGGACGCAGGUUGAGGCCUUGAAGAGGACCUUCAAGACGCAGCUAGAGGACUUCCAGAGGGAGGAGGCAGAUUACUCCAAGAGGUAUCGCGAGGCUGUUGGGCGCCAAUACCGCAUCAUCAACCCGGAUGCGACGGAUGCCGAGGUCAAUGAGAUUGCCAACUCGGAUCUGGGUGACGAGGGCAUCUUCACACAAGCUCUCAAGUCGAACCGUAGCGGCCAAGCCUCGAGCGUCCUUGGCGCUGUCCGCGCCCGCCACAACGACAUCCAGCGCAUCGAGAAGACCAUGGGCGAGCUUGCCCUCCUCUUCACCCAGCUCAACGAGCAGGUCAUUUACCAAGAACCCAUCAUUCAACGGACCGAGGAGCAGACCGUACAAGUCAAGGACGAUACCGAGAAUGCGAACAAGCAGCUGGACGAAGGCAUCAAGUCGGCCAGGCGCGCGCGUAGGCUCAAGUGGUGGAUCCUCUUGACAGUCAUCCUGAUUCUGUGUGUUAUCGCGCUGGUACUUGGAUUAUACUUUGGAUUGAAGAACAAGGACAACAAAUAGAGGAUGUAAUGAUUAUGUAGCGGUGUGACAAGGGGAGGAUGCGAUAUCAUGUUGGGACUAUGUUUCUGUCUAGAGAAGUGAAUGACUUCUCGUUGCUUUCUUAUUAUUAGUAAUGAUCCGGGCUGCACUCCGCAGUAACGAAUGUGUAUACAAAGGAGGUUUUUCUAGGAUAUAUCUGAACGUAUGCGCGUGGUUCUAUUGAGAUGUAAACACAAUGCAAGAUAA